CACACUACGGAGAGAGUGUAUUCAACAAGUCAGAAGCCGUAGCCCAUACGUAGUCUGUACGAAGCAAGUGUUCGAUACGGAGACAUCAAGAGAGAGCAAGACUGUUAUAUUAAUUUAAAUAAUAUUGAAAGAACUGAAUUACGUUAUAAAUAAUUAAAAUAUUAAUUGCCAAUAUGGGCUAUAUUUUACCGACUAUAAUUACUUUCAUGUGCUCUUCUGCGUUAUAUGCUGUAGUGAAAUAUUUCUCGAAAAGUUCAUCUCGAAAAGUUCAGAAAUUUCCAAAAAUACCGGAGACGUUCUGGAAGAAAUACGAAGAAGAAGGUGAAGAGAUUACCGAUGUUAUCAAACCGUAUAACGUCACUUUUUCUCCAGAGUUUGUAGAAGAUUUAAAGACUCGAUUAAAAAAUACUAACAAAGACAAUGAUAAAAGUGAUGAUCUUAUGCAGGAACUUUUAAAUUACUGGGCAAACAGUUACGAUUUUAAAAAGUGCGAAAUAUAUAUAAAUAAGUAUCCGCAUUUUACAACUAACAUUCAAGGUUUAGAUAUUCAUUAUAUUCAUGUGAAACCAAACAUCCACUCUAAAGGAAAAAAAAUUUUCCCGCUGUUGAUGUUACACGGUUGGCCCAGCUCCAUAAUAGAAUUUUACAAGAUUAUACCGUUACUGACAUGUUCAAAAUCAGAAUAUAAUUUUAUAUUCGAAGUUAUAGUACCUUCUUUGCCUGGAUUUGGUUUCUCUGAUGCACCCAUGUCACAUGACGAUUUUUCGUGUAUCGACAUGAGUGUGGUAUUAAAAAAUCUUAUGCUAAGACUAGGGCACAACAAAUUUUACGUUCACGGUGGCGAUUGGGGCAUUUUUAUCAGUCGCAUUAUGUCAACUUUAUUUCCGGAACACGUGUUGGGAACACAUUGCAAUGUCUGUGCAUUAAAAAAAUUUGGGAAAGUUCCUUCAUAUUCGAAUUUGAUAGAAAUUACUAAACAAGUAAUAUCAUCGAAAAAAUUUCAAACAGACACCCAAUAUUUUCAACUUCAAGCUAUAAAACCGGAGACAAAUGGAGUCGCUUUCAAUGAUUCACCUGCCGCUUUAGCGACAUACAUUAUCGAAAAAUCCUUGAUUGCCACUAAGUAUUCCAAGAUAAAUAGACAAUUUCUGGAAAUAUAUUCUUAUGAUGAUUUGAUUAAUAAUCUAAUGAUUUACUGGACAUCAAAGAGCAUAACUACAGCCAUGAAAGUAUAUGCCGAACAGUUUACCGAAUCGAACAGUGAACUCAUAAAAGAACUUUUAAAUUUAGAUGGAGUAAAUGUUCCCUGCGAUUUUUCAUAUUAUCUAAGCAAAGUCCCAAGAACAUCAGUACUAAGAAGAAUAAAUAAAAAUUUUAUGGACAUUAUUUAUUCACAGGAAAAUGGUCGUUUUCCAGCGAUUGAAGAACCUCGGCUUUUUGCAGAGGAUAUUUAUUUCAAAAUCAACAAAAUGAAAACAAUAUAAAGAAAACAUAAUUAAUGACAAAAGAAUGUAAUAAAAGGAAAAGGACUUCAUAGCUAUAUUUGAAUUUCUUAAACUAAAAGUAUAUAUCAUAAAUUGACAAAGAAAUUCAUUAAAAGAUAAACAUAAAUAUAAUAUACAAAUUAUUAUGUAAUUAAAUAUAAUCUGCAAAUGUAUGCAAUAGUAAAUU